AUGGCGGCGAAUUUCGACUUCAGCGCCUCCGCCUCUGCGACGUCGCCGCAGCAGAACAUGGCCGAGCAGAGCGCAUCGUCGCCGCACCAUCCGAACAACGUCACCAUCUAUCAGACCACCGGGCCUGACGCCCACUAUGGCCCCGUCAUGGCCCCGGGUGACUCGGGAACACCGCUACUGAAUCCGCGAUCUUGCGUCACCUGCCGGAGGCGCAAGGUGCGUUGCGACAAGCAGAUGCCGUGCUCCAACUGCCGCCGCGCCCUCAUCCCAUGCGUCUUUCCCGCUCCUGGCCGUGCGCCGCGCCAGCACCGGCCCAAGGACCCAAACGCCCCUCCCAAGGCGACGAGUCAGCGCGAGGUUGAGCUGGUCAAGCGGCUCAAGAAGCUCGAGGGCAUCGUCGAGGAGCUGAGCGGCCAGAUCGAAAUCGAGACGGGCGCCAGAGUGUCGUCCACCGGCGACUCGCCCUCCAACGAAGGAUCCCCCGUAGCUCAGCGGCCAAAGUCUGUCAGCUUGGGCGCGCUCACGUCGGGGCUUGCGGGCGAUGGCGAUAGCAGCCACUCUGCCGGAGAUGGCGGUGAAUCACGGCUGAUGAGAGAGAGCCGGAAGCAGCUGGGUCGACUGGUCUUGAAUGAUAACAAGGGCACUUCUCGUUAUGUUAGUAGUGGAUUCUGGUCGAGGUUGAACGACGAGCUGGAUGCCAUUCGCGAGGAAACACAAAAGCUGACCGACGAAGACGCCGACGAUUCCGAGUUUGAAGAGUCGCCGCCCAUCGAUUCACCCACCACUGCUGCGAGCUCCGUUUAUGAUCACCAUGCAUUCAUCCUGGGAUAUAGGUCCAUCGAUGUCAAUCUACAAAAAUGCCAUCCUCUACCCUCCCACGGCACGUUUCUCUGGUCCGUCUAUCUGGAAAACGUAGAUCCGUUACUCAAAAUACUCCAUGUCCCAACCAUGGAGGCUAUACUGCGGGAGGCCCGGAGGAGCCCGGAAAAGCUCACCCCUGGCAAUGAAACGUUAGUCUUUGCGGUAUAUUUUGCCGCCGUUGUAACACUCGAGGAGGCUGAUGUUCAAACCAAUUUUGGUACAGGCAAAGAAGAGUUGCUUGCACAGUUUCGCUUUGCUGUGGAGCAGUCGCUUGCCAAGGCCAACUUCUUAAACACAUCCGAUUUUGCAGUCGUCCAGGCGCUCACGCUAUUCCUUCUUGUGGUCAGGCGGCACGACGAAACGCGCUUUGCCUGGUCCCUCACUGGCCUGUUGAUUCGGAUCGCACAAGGUCUGGGUAUUCACCGUGAUGGAACUAACUUUGGGCUCUCUCCAUAUGACACAGAACAGAGACGGCGUCUUUGGUGGGCCAUUCUCACUUUGGACUUUCGUUCAUCGGAAGAAAUGGGCACCGACUUGAUUGUUGCAGAGGGAGACUUUGACACUCAGUUCCCUUCCGCCAUCAACGAUUCCGACAUCACGCCCACGGGCACCCAAACUCCAGUAGCAAGGGAGGGAAAGUCGGACACUACCAUUUCUCUAGUGAGGUUCGAGGUUUGCGCCAUGUCGAGACGCUUACACGAGGCAUCAAAUGGUAAGAACUCGUGUACAAAGGUCGGAAUCAAUACAGUUUCGGAAAAGGAGCAGCUCCUCGUUGAAUUCUACAAGAGGAUUGAAGAAAAAUUCCUUCAGCACCUGGAGGAAGACGUCGAUCCUCUGUAUUGGGUAGCGGCUAUGAUAUCCCGCAUCAUCAUGGCCAAGAUGUGCCUCAUCACCUACCAGUCGAUGCUUUUCCCAGGUACGGAUAGCGAGCUUACGACCGACAUCCGCGAGCGGAUUUACAUUGCUUCCAUCGAAAUCAUCGAAUAUAAUCACAAAUUAAACAUGGAUCCCAGAGGCAAGCAAUACCGAUGGCUGUUUAGAACAUAUACCAACUGGCACGCGAUUGCUUACGUACUGGUCGAGACGUGCCGUCGUCCUUGGACGGCGCUCGUGGAGCGCGGCUGGGAGGCUGUCAAUAGAUACGACAAAGACCUAUCGGAAAACAUCAAGAGGGCAGAUCACGCUUCCGUGUUCCUUCCCCUACGCAAACUAUGCAUCAGAGCGAAGAGAUACCAAGAGUUGGAGGUGGUGCGUCUAAGGGCCAACCCCGAAGAGGCCAAGCGAUUGGAUCUCGCAGAGAGGAUAAAGGCAUCUCAGCGGCGAUUUGAUCCCAUCCCUGGUGCCGAAGCCAGGAUGCAGCAGGUCAGAGAUAGAUGGAGAGCCAUGGUCCAUCUGGAAUCGCCCAUACCAGUGUCUCUCCCCAGCUCUUCACAACAGGCGCCAACCACCUUUGCCAUAUCUAAAGAGACCCAUUCCUCGUCACAGCAAGCAUUGGCCGGACCACAGUUCCAGCACUCACAGGUGCAGCCACAGGCCGAUGCUGAACCCCAAAUGUCCAUGGACCUCUCCAACGUCACCAUGGAGUAUAUGAAUGAUGUCAUGGCACAGAAUAGUGUCACCAUGGCCGAACUUUGGAACGUAGGCUCGGUUGGCAUGGAUAAUGGGAACGGCCCGGCGAUGGGCAUGGACGAGAGGCAGCAGCAGGCACUGCUACUGCAGAACCAAAACCAGCAGCCCAAAGAGCAAAGUCACGUUCCGCCAUAUCUCUGGCCCGAGUCCUUUGCGCCGUCGAAUCAGAAGUUCGACCUGGAAGAUGCGGACAUGCUGGGGGCCGAUUUCAAUUGGCAGGAUUGGAGCCAGAGCAUUCGCGGCCUGGGAAUGGGUGGCGCACAGCCAAAGCAGCCCUGGUGA